AAAAAAGGAUUUUUCUGCUCUUGCAACACCCAAAUUUUUUUUUCUCCAUCGUCUCGGGCAGGCUUUUAAAGUUCAAGUCCGAACAAAUGGCGCAAGAAAACGGCAAGAACUGCCUGAAAUGGGCAAUGGCGGGUAUUAAAUUUAUCGAUUGGUAGAUGGUUUUUCCUGCUCAAGUGCAACUGACCCUGAAUGCACAUUUGAAUGUCCUCAAUUUGUGCUUCCUAGUUUUUUUCGCUUAAUUUUUUUUUUUUCCUUCUUCUUUUAAAGUUCUUUUUUUCUUCUUUCCUUACUCCAAUUAAUAUAUUGAUACCGAUUUACCAGGGAACAUACUGCGUAUGGAUCAUUGUAACCCAUAUAAUCCCUGGAUAGGCGAUGAUUUCACGCCAUGCUUCAGAAAACAGUAUAUUGACGCUUACUUACCGUAUGCGAUCAUGGCAUGUUCGGCGAUCAUGGCACUGAUCGGUGUAUUUCGGUGGCGACGACGAUGCGUCAUGAGCAAAUAUGCUCCGUUGAAAAGUCAGCCUUCGGUCAUGCCAUCCUACGGCACCGUACCGGAUGUUGCUGAUGAUCACUCUUCAAGCAGCAGUAGCACACUCACGCCCGAAGCAGAAAGUCAGAUGGUGACCUCCAGGUGGUCCGUGUACAACUUGGCAAGAGUGGCGUUGGCAGUUGCGCAAAUCGUUUUAUACGUACAGAUGGGUUUAGCCAAAUUGAGCGAUACCACCGAUCCCUAUCUUUUUGGUAUCGUCACAAGUUCUCUGGUGUUUUGGGGUUACUCGUUGAUACUUGCUCUUGCCAAUGUAUCUAGUCGCUACAAAUCAUUGGCUGAUAUGCUUUGCCAUCAUCUCAAUGGACUCUACGUUUGCAGCUUUAUCAUUGCUUUGAUUGAUGUGCGUUCCAAUUAUUUAUUGGGUGGACUGGAGAAUAUUGGGCUCGAGUACCGCCUUGCUCUAGUCUCGUUUUCCCUUACUUCACUGAUGUUGGUCCUUGUUAUCAAUGAGGAACGUCAUGCCCCGGAGAAACCCAUUAUCACUGAAACUGGACGCAUCAUGUCGGGUGAGAAAUGGGCUUCCAUUUAUUCCCAGUUCAUGUUCACUUGGACCAAUGCCAUGAUGAAGGAAGGAAGCAAGCGUACGUUGAACGACCAGGAUCUUUUGGAAUUACCUGCGGAAAACCGAGCCAAGGAUACCCUGAUGACUUACCGAUCUCAUCGCACCAAGUCCAUGGCAUUGUCUAUCUUCUGGACCUUCCGACGGGCGCUAACGUAUCAGUUCUUUUAUUGUAUGGUGUGGUCCGUCGUCAUGUUUGGUCCUCCCUACUACCUCAACAAGAUCAUCAAGUUCAUUGAACAAAAGGAUACCGCCCAAGUGCCUCUCUCCAGUGCGUACUUGUAUGUCUUUGGCCUGUUUGUCACCUCCAGUUUGCAAUCGCUCGCUUAUCAGCAGGCGCUGUACAUUGGUCGUACCCUGGGUAUUCGUAUUCAAUCCAUUGUGGUGGGUGAAGUGUUCAGCAAAUCGUUGCGUCGCCGAGAUGAAAGUGGUGCCGCCGCCUCCAAAACCGACGAUGAUGACAAGGAAACCGAAGGCAACGUCAAUAAUCUCUUGUCCGUGGAUGCUCAAAAGAUGGGCGAACUUACCGCUUACAUCUUUUACGUGUACUGCUUUCCUCUGCAGAUCGUCAUUUGUAUCUGGAGUCUGUAUCAGUUGCUCGGUAAAGCAUCUAUUUAUGGUGUCGUGGUCAUGCUUAUUCUUCAGCCUGUCACCUAUUUCCUCAGCCGUCGAUUCCAAAAGUCGCAUCAGUACGUCAUGAAGUGCACCGAUAAGCGUAUCAAGCUGAUGAAUGAAUUGUUGGCCGCCAUUCGUAUCGUGAAAUUCUUUGCCUGGGAAAAUCAGUUUCGACAACGGGUGGUCGCGGCGCGUGAUGUUGAACUGAAAGCGAUCCGAUCCCGACUUUACAUGUUUAUGUGGAUGGGCAAUGCGUGGUUCCUUAUCCCUAUUCUGAUCAUGGUCACCGUCUUUUACGUCUAUACCCGAGAACUCGUUUUAACCGCUUCGACGGCUUUCACAGCCUUGGCCUUGUUCAAUACCUUCAAGAGUGCCUUGGACGAAUUGCCUAUCAUCAUCUCCUAUGUCCUUCAAGCCAGAGUGUCACUUGGUCGUGUUGAAAAGUUUUUGGCCGAAGAUGAAGUGGACCUGUCCAUGCAACAACCCACCACGAAUACCCACAUUGGGUUUAUCAACAAUGCCAGCUUCAGCUGGGACAAACCUUCUGCGAACUCGUCUGAACCGGUGAAGCUUGCUUUGAAAAAUCUCAACAUCUCUUUCCCCCGGAGCAAGUUGUCCAUUGUGUGUGGUCCCACUGGUGCCGGCAAAACGACGCUUUUGGCCAGUCUGUUGGGUGAAACCUAUUGUGUAUCGGGGGCGGCUGUGCUGCCUCGUCAUCCCGUCACUUCACGCAGUCCUCUGGGUGGUGCGGUCUCGGGCAUUGCCUAUGUUGCUCAGACAGCUUGGUUGCAAAACUGCAGUAUCCGCGACAACAUCCUGUUUGGUUUGCCGUUUGAUGAAGAACGCUACCAUAAAAUCUUGUACAUGACCGCGUUAACCCGUGAUCUCGAAAUUCUCGAAUACGGUGAUUCGACUGAAGUCGGCGAAAAAGGUAUUACCCUCAGUGGUGGACAGAAACAAAGAGUGGCAAUUGCGCGUGCUGUCUACUCGCAAGCCGAAACCAUUAUUUUGGAUGAUUGUCUCAGCGCUGUGGAUGCUCACACUGCUAAGCACUUGUAUGAAAACUGUCUAACGGGCGAACUCAUGCAGAACCGCACGAUUAUCUUGGUCACGCAUCACGUUGGCUUGUGUAUGAAGGGCGCUGAUUACGUGGUGGCUCUGCAGGAAGAUGGUACGGUGGCCUCGUGUGGUACCCCUCAGCAGGUUAUUAAAAGCGGUGUAUUGGGUGACGAAAUUGUGCAAAGUGAUGAAGAUCACAAGAAUAUGAAGGAAGAAGCGGCCGUGGAGGGUCCGAUUCCCGUUGUACCUAAGACCAUUGAUCGAUCGCACAAGGACGGCGCCGGUAAAUUGACCAAAGACGAACAACGUGCAGAAGGCGGUGUCUCGGCUGCCGUCUAUGCUACCUACUAUCGUGCCUCGGGCGGAUUUAUCUUUUGGAUGGCUGUUUUGUUGUUCUUUUGCUUGGCUCAAGCAUUCACGGUGGGUCAGGAUUACUGGAUCAAGAUUUGGACGGCCGCCUACGAUCAGACGAGUAACAUGAUGGGCGCCUUUUCUACCACUCGGUUCGGUUCCAUGGACACCGCGGCGUUCUCUGUUGCUUACGUGAACCCAGCAACGUCCACAUCCUGGACCGCCAAGAUCUCAUCCGUCGAUGAUGCUUACUACCUCGGUGUUUAUUUCCUGAUUGGCAUGGUCGCCUUGGUCAUGACCACGUUGCGAUCCCUGAUUCUGUUUGUCGGUUCCUUACGUGCCUCGAAACGCAUCCACUCUCAGUUGUUGGAUCAAAUUUUACAUGCCAAGGUCCGCUUCUUCGAUACUACACCCGUGGGUCGUAUUGUCAAUCGGUUUUCUUCCGAUCUUGAAACGAUUGAUCAAGCCAUCGCUCCAUCGCUCUCACUUUUGGUGUAUUCCAUUAUUGCCACCGUUUUCGUCGUGGCGCUUGUCAGCGUGAUCACGCCGGCCUUCCUUGUGCCGGGCAUCCUGAUUGGCGCUCUUUACUGGAGUAUUGGAUCGUACUACCUUCGUACGUCUCGUGAUUUGAAACGCCUGAAUUCCGUCUCUCGCAGUCCCAUCUAUGUUCAGUUCAACGAAAGUAUCAAUGGUGUGUCGACGAUUCGUGCGUUUGGCAGUCAGUUCCGAUUCAUGGAAGAGAACUUUAAAAAGAUUGACGGCAAUAACCGUCCGUUUAUCUGGAUGUGGGCGACCAACCGAUGGUUGCACUGUCGUGUGGAUGUGCUCGGCGCCUUUGUCGGUUUUUGUACGGGUGUGGUGCUCUUGGCGGCUCGUCAGUGGAUUCAGCCGGGUUUAGCGGGUUUGUCCCUCAGUUACGCUCUUACCUUUACCCAACACGUGUUGUGGGUGGUCCGCAUGUAUGCUGUGAAUGAAAUGAAUAUGAAUGCGAUCGAACGUGUGCACGAGUAUUUGGAUAUUGACCAGGAACCGCCGGCCCACAUCCCUGAACGGUGUCCUCCGCCCAGCUGGCCACACAGUGGUGCGGUCAAGGUGGAAAAUCUCGUCAUGCAAUACGCUCCAGAGAACCCACCGGUCUUGAGGAACAUCUCGUUUGAGACGCGGCCUCGUGAAAAGAUUGGCAUUGUCGGUCGUACGGGUUCCGGUAAAUCGACUCUGGCGCUGUCUCUGUUCCGUUUCAUGGAAGCCACGGAAGGUCGCAUUGUGAUUGACGGAGUCGAUAUUCACAGCAUUGGUCUUGAAGAUUUGCGUUCGCGAUUGACCAUUAUUCCGCAAGACCCUGUAUUGUUCUCCGGUACUUUACGCUCCAAUCUGGAUCCUUUCGGUCAGCACGACGAUGCGGAACUGAAUGCUGCUUUGAAACGUGCCCAUUUGAUGGAUGACGGUAGCAGUAUCAGCUUGGACGCCGUUGUCACCGAAAACGGAAACAACUGGUCCCAAGGGCAGCGUCAGCUCAUUGCUUUGGCGCGUGCCCUGGUGAAGAAAUCGGCCCUGAUUGUACUGGACGAAGCCACGUCCUCCGUCGAUUUUGAUACCGAUCACCGCAUUCAGCAAACCAUUCGUCAGGAAUUCGUGGAUUCUUCCCUCUUGUGUAUUGCGCAUCGUAUCCGUACCGUGGCGGACUAUGACCGCAUCCUUGUUCUCGAUCACGGAAAAGUAGUAGAAUUCGACACGCCUUAUUGUUUGAUGACUACCGAAGGCAGCGUAUUCCAACAAAUGUGUGAACGUAGUGGCGAAUAUUCAGAUUUGCUUGCUAUUGCAAAAGCCAAACAUGAACAAGACCAGCAUUAAUUCCUCUCUCUUUCUUUUUAUCCAAUCUCCUCAUUUUGCACCCUCCUUGUACCCCCAAAGGUGUGAUUGUUUUACUCCUCUUCACUAUUUAUCCAAUAUCUCAUCUCAUAUUAUUAAAGUUUUUCAAACAUACAACGCGAUCGUUGCCGCUGC